CCUCGACCUCUCAUUUCCCAGUCUGUACGAGUGCUGCGUCUUCAUUUGAUCGGUAUGAGCAAAUAUAUCUUCGCCUGGGAUUGUCAAUAUUGAUUUUGUUUCCAUCGAACUCGAAACCCUGCCCUUUGCACGAUACACACCGUACAUACCUACGUUCUCCUCUCCGCAAGGCUCACUGCAACUUCGAGUGCCCCUACUCGAAGGUGCGCAGUCCAACCCACGAAGGACCCCUCGAUGCCUCGCCAUUAAAUAAGUUCCCCCUCAGACUCUACGAGUACAACGGUCACCGGAAAUGCGUCCCCGAGUGCCCUGGAUAUUGAUCUCAAUCCUGCGCAUUGCGGCUGCCACGGACGACGAAUACUCGCCCUAUUCCAACCCUCUCUUCGGCCUGUCGGACGAUGCACUUCUGGUGAAAAGGCAGGGUUGCGAAGCGGGCCUCAACUCCUGCUCCGGUCUCGGGGCAGACAAUGUCUGUUGUCCGUCGGACACAACCUGUGCUUUGGACCAAGCUGGACAUGUUGCGUGCUGUCCGUCCAACGCAGUCUGUACGGGUACAAUUGCGGGAUCUAUAACUGGAUCGGCGACAGGAUCAGGGUCGGAGUCAGGGAUCGGUACAACGACGAGUACCGGGGUCGUGACGUUUACAGGAGUGGUGGGAGGCGGCUCAACAGUCACCAACCCGUACUAUCCUUUUGUCUACGCACCGACCUCCUUCCCCAAUGCCGACUUGUGCUCCAGCGCAUACACAAGCUGCCAGUCCGCCUCGACGGCUUGCUUCACGUCACUGGCAGGGGCCAAUGGAGUCACGAUCGGUGGUCUCGGAGGAGGCAUCACGGUGCAGGGAGUCUCGGGCACAAUCCUCAGCUCGGCAAGCUCCAUCUGCAGUUCCCUGAGCUCGGUGGGAUGUUCUGGUCUACAGCAAGUGAGCCAGUGUACCAUAUUCGGGAGCGGCUCUGGAGUUGUGCCAACCACAACGGCGGGGACAAGUGGUAUCAUCCAGGUCGGGAACAACGGUCCUCGGCGGACAGCCUGUCCGGGAAUGCUUUAUGCAGCCGGCGCUGGGGCAGCAAUUGGGGCCAUGCGCGGAAUUAUAUGAAAACGCGCGAACCGUCUCUUCGAAAAUCCAUUCUGCCGCAUCUCGAGGAGUUUGUUGGAUGUGUUGAAACUAGUUAAUGGACAUAUGACGACGAGACGACUUGUACAUUGGAAUUACAAAGCGUUUGUUUAAGAGGACAGGACCUGGAUAUCAGCCCCGUCAGGCCGGAGAGCUCGCGGGCUUUCUUUCCAUCAUCACACCAGAUUAAGACAUCGGCAAUGCCAGUUGCUCGGGAUCUCUUUGCGUAUAUGGCGCUGGACCCGGUUGGCGCAAGCAAAUUGGCACAUCUUGGGGAGAGAAUCUGGACAAUAACCAUAGCAGCUGUUGGAUAAUAGUUGAACAGUACCAGAGGAACUGCCUGCUAUGUAUGGAGCAUGGCCGAAAGAAUCCAAGUACGGAGGACACAAAUAUCAGAGCAUGCCAGUGACGACGGAUCUUUCCGUUCAAUGUCAGGCUACGAGGUAAUUAAGCAUGCCUGUUCCUCCAGGGGGGGU